AUGGCCACGGGGGAUUACUCAGCAAAAUCGGGCUACAAAGCCCAAUUCGAACUCCUGCUUUUUGAGGAAGCAGAGAACCCUACAAUAUCGAUCGACUGGUCAGCAAACGUGUGGGAUAUUAAAACAUCUGAGAAAAUAAAGGUAUUUCUGUGGAAUGCUCUCCAAGACGCCCUCCCAGUGGGGGAACAAUUUGCUGUUAGGAACAUACCUCUCUCGAUUAGAUGCUCUCGCUGCAAUGAGGAGGAAACAGUUUCCCACUUGCUCUUCACUUGCCCAUACUCGAGAAAGGUUUGGAAGCUGGCCCCGCUGGCUACAUCAAUUGAUGUGGAUCGCGUCAAAAAUACAAGCGCGGAAAUGAAGAUCAUAAGAAGAAUCCCAUCGCUUCCUCUGGUGGGACUGGGACCAGGUACGCUUACAGCCUCAAUUUGCUGGAAUUUAUGGAUCGUUAGAAAUCAAUUGACCUUCCAGAAGCGUGAUUUCUCCCCUGAAGAAACCCUAUCAAAAGCAAUUCGAGAGGCUAGAGAAUGGUCUCUCGCUCAGAUCUCCCCGAUAAAUCCAAAGCUGAGACCGCCUAGCAUCAACCAGGAUCCUCCUCCGAGUACCGACGUCCCUUGCAUGUAUACAGAUGCUGCUUGGAAUGCCUCCAUAGGCUGCGCUGGACUUGGCUGGAUCAUCGAUGAUACAACGUCGUCAUCAUCAUCUUAUUCAGUGACUGCAAUCUUUGUAAAGUCGCCCCUCUUCGCGGAAACCUUGGCUAUGAGAAGAGCAAUGACCUCUGCUAUCGACAAAGGGAUCACCUCUCUACUGAUUCUCUCGGAUUCACAGAUUCUAAUCAAGCUAUUGAAUACAAGAGGGAGGAAGUUGGAGAUCGCCGGCCUCCUUAAUCAUAUUUACCUCCUAUCUAAUGCUUUUAAUGCUAUCCAGUUUAAGUUUAUCCCUACAGAAUACAAUGAUAGAGCUGACUCAGUAGCCAAACAAGCUCUCUAUAUAAUGUCUUAA